UAGCACGGAGCGACAGUUCGUCUUUAUACAAAAAAUAAAAAUACAACGAUAAAUAAAUUUUAAUUGUUAAAGAAACGAGAAUUUCGUUAUCACCGUUUCAUUUUGCAAUUAUUAAAUAACUUUUCAUUUUGUGUAUUUGGAAGUGUUGUGGUAAAAUGGCCGGUGUUUAUUUUAUUAUGAAACCCUCAAUAGCGUGUAUAUUGCUGUUCCUCUGCAUAGCAGCUAUAAUCAGGGAAUCGAAUGCCCGACCGCCCUGGUUGGCGCCCGGUAGCGGCGUGUUUACAGAGUCAGCGGAGUGUCACACAGAUGAUGAAUUACUAGACCUCUGUCAAAGAUGUGCCAAACUCACGAAGUCCAAACAAGCAUUCCCAGCGUGCUGCUCAACUGAUUUGGACGCCAGGAAGUGGUGUUCCGAUUAUGUAUACUUCGGCAGAGGGCAGUAUGACUUCUACUAAAUUAAUCAUAGAUUCUAGCUUUAAAGUAGAUAAUAAUUAUACACGUAUAUUUUAACAUUAACUGAGAUUAAUUCAUAAUCCAUACUCUGAUUAAAUGCCUUUAUAUUCCAUAAAUAUAUUUAUAUGAAACAUAUAUUAUACUUUAUCUAUUAAAGCAUUGAGAUUAAUAGAAAAGCUAUUUAUUGAUAGCAUUGAGUAAUUCAACUGUUAUUAAUAUAGUUCAAUGGCUUUUAACACGAUUAAUUUUAUGGUAAAUAAAUUUAUUUACCUCUCCCUAUGUUACCACUAUGUUGAACUACGAGCUGACUGUGUUUAAUUAUAAAACCCGUUUAAUUAUAUUAUUAACUAGCUGUUCCCGCGACUUCGU